AUGGCGGCUCACGGAGUCAAGUUAGACACCCUUAAGGAGUGUCUCAUGUUCCUGGAGUGGUUGCAUAGUGACAAACAGGGUAUCAUUAUGAAAGGUUUGAUCGCCAGUCGCCUUGCUAGGCUCCUCGAGAAGAGGUAUAAGAAUGUUAGUCAACCUCCAAUUGAAUCCGCGCUGUCCCAAUUCCUCACUAACGUGAACAAAUUUCACACUACAUUAUGCAAAUCUGCAAAGCAGAGCACAAAUAAUCCAAAUACAACUAAAAAUGUCCUCAACACUCUGCUUGACUGCAUUCCCAAGUUUUUAGCCGUGAUGUACUUUUUGAGGUACCAGGUGGACCCGAACUUCGCUGCACUGGGCGGCGGGGGGUGGGCGGAUGACUCCGUUGGGUUGAUUGCACUGUACGCUGCACUUGGCAGAGGGUUGGAUGUAUACAUGAAACGUGCUACUAAUAUUGAUAAAUAUCUCAUUGCUGAAUCCAACGACAGCAAAUAUGGCGUCAUCCCUGGAGGCUUUGCUGCAGGUGAGUUGAGGCAAGGUCAUCGCCAGGGUUACUCUCCUGCUUCUGCCAUGGUCAAAGACAUUCAAAGUAUUCUGAACAAGCAAGAUAAAGUACAAAAUUAUUUCCUCGACGUGUACUCCACAACAGUAAUUCCAGACUCCGGCGCCGAGACUCCUAACGUCGCCAACGCUCUGCGUUUGGUGAGAACGUUUUGCGAGAUUGUAGAAAAGGAGACACAGGCCGGCGGCGGUGAGCUAAAACAGAAAUUGGAUGAUAGUUUAAAUGGUGAUACUGUUAAAAAAAUGGAGGUGAAAAACCUUAAGAAAGAAGAAUUUGCAAAGUACACGGCACAGUGGUUGAGAGAGAAUUUGGCGACGGUGAAGACUAAUUUGGGGAAUAUUGAUACUACGAACAAGGCCCUCGGAAAGAAAUCAGCCGCUGAGCUUACAGACUAUUUUACCAACAAUCUCUUCCCAUAUGGUUUCACAUUUUAUGGCACCAACAUUGGGACGGGAAAAGAUCCGCAUACAAUUCUGCAAGAGAAUUGGGCUGAUGUAAUUAAUGAGCUUCGUAAACCCAGUGAAGGAUUGGAUAGGCUUAAAACAAUUUUGGAUGGUCAGCAGUGUCCAGAAGAGUCUGACAAGAAAUCUGAAGGGAGUCCCAACCAGGGUAAGAAAUCCGAAGGGUCUCCAAACCAGGGGAAGAAAUCUGAGGGAGCACAGAACCAAGGCAAGAAAUCUGAGGGAGCACAGAACCAAGGCAAGAAAUCUGAAGGAGCACAGAACCAAGGCAAGAAGGCGGAGGGAACUUCAAAUCAAAGUGGAGAUACGUCUUCAGGUUCGGCAAGUGGAGACUCUGCUCAGACUCCUGGUACUCCAGGAGCUGCAGGCCUGCCAGGGCCUAAAAGUGAUAAGGGUGAUGCAGGCCCGAAAGAGCCUACUGGUGAUCAAGGCAAGCAAGGGCCUAAAGGUGAUAGAGGGCAGCAAGGACCUAAUGGUCAAGGCCCGCAAGGGCCUAAAGGGACCACAGCUCAAGGAUCUCCUAAGUCGCAAGUUGUACAUGUUCAACAACCACCUCAACCCCCACCAGUUCCUCCUCUAUCAACUCCCCCCAGUGCUUCUGCAGACCCUGGCCCCGCUGGUAAGCCAGGUCUCGGGGGUCCGGGAUCAUCGUCUGUUGUUACUUCAAGUCAACAGCCUAUUCCCCCUCCAGUUACAAGUCCUACUCAGUCUCCGAGUGCUUCAAGUCCAGGCACUGGGUCAGCUGGUGGUAAGGGGGCUGGUACACAAGGUAGUCAACAUGUUCCUCAACCAACAAAUCAAGUCUCCAAUCAAACUCCAAGCAGCGGUACUACUCCGUCGGCUGGUGGGAGUAGAGGGGCGGCAGGUAAGGGGCCCAGUAGUGCUUGUUCAAAUGGUAAACCACUGUUUAUUGGCGGCGUACCGUUGUGCCCUUCAACGCCUCAGACAACUGAAUUAAAUUCCUUUGAUGAAAAAGAUAAGAAGCUCUGGGAUCUCCAAAAAAUACAGAUUGUCCAAAGCAUACAAGAUGAACAUAAUAAGAAACAUCCAAAUCGUCAAAUUAUCCUAAAUCAUAUUCCCCCACCUCAAUCCCAAAUACCGCCUAGCCGUCUUAGGCAGCCCAGCCACCCUGCUCCCGGACCUUCCCAUCAUCCUACUGAUGCCCGACGUUUUAAACAGCGUCCCUACUACAAUCCACAGGAUAGAAAUACACGACAGGGGGAUGCGAAUGUUACGGCUAUGCAGGAUGUUCCGUCUCUGGAGGUCAGUGGUGAAGUAAUCCCGGAUACGUCUUCUAAACACCUACAAGAGAAAAUAAAGAAAAAGGUCGAAGCCAUAAAACAUCUGAAACUGUUAGAACGGCAAGCUCAGCAAGAGGAAGUGGAUCAGCUUAAACAAAAUGAAGACAAGUCCAACGCGGAACAAAAAAAAGAAGCAGACGAAAAGUGGAAAACACAAGUGGACGAGGGUAAGCGCCAACAGCGAUAUGAUCAAUUUAGUAAAACCCUAGGAAGUCAGAAUGAGAGGAGAAAGAAAGCCGCAGAGUCGUUGCAGAAGAAACUGGACGACGCUAGAAGGGUCCAAGAGGAGGAACUCAAGAAACUACAGGACGCUCCAUCCACAACUCUGGAUGGAUUUCAACCUGCAUAUCAAUAUCCACAUCUCGUUAGCAAUCUUCCAGACUACGUGUCAUCGAUGUGUUCCGUCGAUGGUGGCGUCAUUCCCGAUCCGCACAAGGAGUGGAUGGAAAAUGAACGGAAGCGUAGAAGUGAUGACGCAUUUUAUGAAAUCCACGAAAGAAAGCAGAUGCAACUUGCAGGUAACUUGGAGACAAUUCAAAACAUUAAGGAGGCAAAUGCCAUGGAAUUACAAAAAUUCCUGGAUCACAUUAACGACACGAAUAUAGCUAACCAAACAGGGCAUGUCUGGGGUAACACAGUUCAGCCGUCGAAAUCCGCUCCACUAAAACACCAAGCAUUAACUCUCGUCGAAGGCACCAAUAUUGUGGAUCCACGCCACAUAAAGGAUGAUGAGAUUCGUAAGCUGCAGCUUCAAAAUGCUAACGAUGACUUUAAAAAUUAUUAUGAACACCGAAGAAAAAACUUAGCAAAUGAAAUUCAACAGUUUCAAGAUGAAGUCACUAAGAAAAAUAAGGAUGCCAUAGAGGCAGAAAAAAGCAAGGGCAUACCACAAGUUUUUACAGAGCGUGCGCCGAGACGCCCGCCUCCUGAGUUAUACGAGUUGCCGGAUUUCGAUAUCCAAGUCGCCAAGCCCAUCGUUCAAGACCCUGUCGACAACCCGUAUGAUGACCCUUAUGCCAAUAUGGAGGAUAUCGUGCGAGACGAGUUGAAAACUUCGGCACAGCAAUAUGGUGGAGACAAAGGCUUUUCUGUACUGCCCAAGAGUAAUUUAAACCUCGAAUUUACUCCAUCAUUUUUAAAAUCCGAUGGGGAUCAUGAUCCCGGGAUGCCGCGUGAGCCUGACAGGGUGGUGUCCGCCCGGAGCAUUCCAGUGUUUCCUGACGCCGGAAUCUGCCAAAACCCCUGGUACGUUGCUCCUGCCUCCUCCACUACCGUCACUCCAACUCCCUCCCCCCUCCCAGACUCCGACCACCUGCCCGUGCCCAACACAGUCAGGGAAAUGCUCCACUGGAUGGUCGGGUUUAAUCAAUAUGGGUAUGUUGGUAUCAUUACUGAGCAUGUUAAAGGCAUUUUAAGUGCACUUAACGAGGAUGUCUCACAGCCUCCAGAUGCCCUCGAGGUCACUGGGCAUCCCACCAAUCUGACCGCUGCCCAUGUCACCGCCAAACUGACCGAGGCAUGCCACUACGCUGCCAACGUUCUCCACAGGAUCAAGCAUAAAGACAUUUCGACAGACAUUUCAGUGCCUGACUUCACCUCAGAAUAUUCCAAGCUUUGUUAUUCCAUCGACCCCGCCUGCCUCCUCUGCCAGCUGCGGGACUACGUCUACGCCUGCUGCCACCAGUUGGAGUUCCUAAAGGCGCAGUGUAAUCGGAAGGAAUCUGAAGGUGGUUGGCAGGAUUGUCCGUACGGCCGUGAUGCCAAGAUGUCCCCCCUCCAGGCCUUCCUGACUGACGCCCCCGACUCCAAGUUCGAGACACAUCCCUUCGACCCGUGCGACAUCUGCCUCAAGAGCCGUGUAAACAUGGGAUUCAAGCAGGAGCAUCUGCCUGCAACUCACGAAACUGGCAAGCAUAUUUCCACCAUCCUCACUCCCAGCUGCGGCGGCGAGGAUCCCCUGCUGACAUUGUCCUCUUACCUCAACUGCCUCACCAGGCGGACGCCGCGCACAACCGGGGAGCUUGUCUCUUUCUUCCACAAUUUCGGGAACGAGCUGCACGAUGCGUCUCUCAAGUUGUCUCCACUGGGCUCCGCCCUCCACAAGCCACAUCCUCACUGCCCCGACUGGGACCACCUUGCUGCCGACGACCUCAAUGCCAUCCAGUACAUCCGGGGCUCCGCCCCUGCCAGCUCCAACUCCAUCCACGACAAGGACCAUCCCAAUACCCUGUCGUCUCUUCUUCGCUGCGGCAUCGAUAAUGUCGACUGCCCACAACUCAUGAAGACCAUCACCUACCGGGCCUACGCCCUGUACUCUUCUAGCUUCGCCCACCACUACCUCAGCUGGGCGGUGUACCUGGCAGACAGACUGUGGGACUCACUGCUCAAGCUUCACUAUGAUCUCGAGAACCUUCAAUGUCACGACUCCAAGUCCAAGCCCCUCCACCAGUGUACCAAGGCCCUGCCGCUGCUCUACUCUCACGGCAUCACGCCGCCAGACGGGACAGUGCAGUCCUCACUCACGUGUUCGGCUGCCGUCACCAAGCUGGGAGAUGUGGUCGCCGGAAAGCCUAUCGCAAGCCUCAUGACCGCCAUGGACGAGUUCCUAUACGGCAUCCGUCUACCGUUCCUCUACACCAUCAUCGCACUCUGGCUCAUCGCCACGCUCUACAUCCUCCACUCAUUCCUCUACCGCAUGGACGUCCUGCGCAUCCGCUAUCACCUCCUCACCACCAGGGCCUCCCACACCAUCGACGUCAAGGCCUUACUCGCCGGCAGCAGCAGGAUGCUCUCACUCUACAAGGACGUCGACUACUUCGACGAUGACUUUCACUCAUGA